AUGUCUCUCAAGGCCGAUAUUUACCCAUGGUCAGCUGUAUGUUGGUCUCUCUGGCGCACGCUUCAAGAACGGUCUCAAGGUUUUGCUGGAGGAUUCAGAGGAGGGGAGAAGAGACUCAGGGAGUCCAUCUCCACAGCUCCGUAUGCUUCAAUGCAUGCAUUGAGGGCGAUAACACCUUCACUGAGAAAUUGGUCAAAACAGGGACUUUACUUUGAUAGUGAUAGUGAUAGGAUGGGUUGGGUAUUUAACCAGCGACCGGCGGUAUGCAGUAACCGCCGGUUAAUAGGCCUUUUAGCACAGUGGUUUAGACCACUGCCUCUGAAGGGCACUGUUAUAUCGUCCCAAUGCUGGUUAGUUGGUCUCGUGACACAGAUUCACAAAGAGCAGAUUGUGAGGAAACUGUUGACUCUACUCUUCGCAGCUGCCCAUCCCCAGAUCCCAAUCUCGAGUCCUCCCACAACUUAG